UUUGGCGCAGCAGCCGCCCGUUCAGCUGAACCGUAGCAUCUUACUAUAUAUGCUCCGGCAGCUAUUGUCGACGUUAGGCGCGGUGUCCAUCACUUCACCGACCGGGAAACAGCCAUGGGUUCCGCCGCUGCCUUCUGAUGUAUGGCGUGCUUCGAAGCUUUAAGUCGCCGCUGCUCCUCUUGUUGCCAGGACUUCUGCAAUUGUGUUUACGGGACUCUGUUUUGCUCCGGAAUUCCCGCAGGGCCCAUUAGAUCUCCCGGAAUAUGUAGGCGACGCGCGGCGGCGAUUCCAUCCGUUCUCAUGCACGAGCCAUGUGCACGAGCUGUCACGCCUGACGUCCUGACCAGUCUCAAGUUUCGCCUGCCGUGGUCCUUUCUUUUGUGCGCGUGUUCCCACGAACGAACUGACUGUGUCAUUUACCCGAGGGACAUCGAGGCAACUGUCAUCGCCACGUGCUUCAACUACCUUGCGAGGUGAAGCUCGUGCAAUCAAGUGACUGUGGCACGGCCCUGAGGGACAACGGAGCACCUGUCGCCACCGCGUCGCUUCGGCAUCUAAUCGACGAGUUCAUCCAGCUACGCUGAAGAACAGACGUUGCCUUCGGUCCGCAGCGCGGCGCGUUGCGGCCGAAGUACGCGGCCACUUUUUUUCUUUUCCAUUCUUUGUGCCAUGCUUUCUUUGUUUUCUGUCGCUCGACAUGCGGACCAUAUUUGACGAGUUCAUCUACCACGGCUCGUGCGAUGACGCCUGUCGUGCUACGCACCCUGUAGGCCUCCGCUUUUAGCCCACUCCAGCAACGUCCCUGCGCUCUGCCGUGUCUCAGACGCAUGACGUUCAGCUCGUGUCGUCCCGUCCUCUGUGCACUUAUGCUCCAGCCUGACAGCUACUGGUUUCCUGGCGAACGAAGAAACCUGCACUACCCGUCCUGCAGUACAUCGACUGCGCGUUCCUGUCAGCAGAGCCCUGUGAUAUCAUACAUCAGCAAAGAAAUGGUGGUUGGCAUAGGGGACACAGUGGACUUGCAGUGUUCUGUACAGUAUGCUGAGGCAUACCCGAUAAUCUGGAUAAAAAUUAAUGAACGUGAUCCCAGCAACAACCUCUUCAUCUCAUCUGGCAGCAAGGCCAUCGUGCCGGACCAGAGGUUCUCCAUUCGGCACGACGAAGGCAGCAACACAUACACAUUGCAGAUCACUAAGCUGCAGGAAACAGACUCUGGCCUCUACCAGUGCCAAAUUAUCCUGGGACCCACCAGCAAACUCAGCUCAAAUGUCUACGUUCACGUCAGAGUUCCUCCGAUUAUCUCGGACAACAGCACAAGGUCUGUGAUUGCUAGCACCGGCCAAAACAUCACCCUGGAGUGCUAUGCCACUGGUAACCCUACACCACACAUAUCCUGGCGGCGAGAGAACAACGACCUGCUGCCCACAGGUGGUGCUGUCUAUCGAGGAAAUAUCCUCAACAUUUUCAAUGUCAGCAAGAAUGACCGUGGAACAUACUACUGUAUCGCUGACAAUGGUGUCGGCAAUGGGGCACGUAGGAACAUUGGCGUUGAAGUUGAAUUUGCACCGGUGGUAUCGGUGGACCGCCCACGGUACGGCCAGGCCCUUCAAAACCCCAUGGACCUGUUGUGCCACAUCGAGGCCUUCCCGUCACCGUCCAUUGUGUGGCUCAAGGAUGGUUACCAACUGAACGACAACCAGUACUACCAGAUCUCCAUCUUCUCGACGGCUGACGAGUUCACCGACUCCACCCUGCGUAUCAUCGCCAUUGAGAAGAAGCAGUACGGCAACUACACAUGCAAGGCACUGAACAAGUUGGGCAGUGAUGAGAAGAUAAUCGAGUUAUAUGAAACUGUGAACGUGAUCUGCCCUCCAGCGUGCGACAAAUCAUACCAGUCUGGUUCCUCCCAUCUGCAGAGCUCUUUUGCAUGCUUCUUGGUCAUGCUGUCAAUGAUCUGUGCCAUUACCCUGAACAAGAAGCAUUGAGCAACAUUACCUCAUAACGUUACUUUUAUUAAGAAAGAAAUGAGCCAGGUUAUGAACAAGAAUUAUUAGUAUUAUGGCAAGUCCACAUGAGGCCUUCUUCAAGCAGUGUUUAGGAAAGUAAAAGAAAGACUAGAGCACUCUUUUUUCUUUUAAGGUAAAGUGCAGCAAAUUUGUGAAGAUAUUACUGACCAGUUAGUGCUAUGCCGGCCCAAAUGUAGAACAGGGAGAUUUCUCAGAAUUUUUUUAUGUUUUUGCCUACUUAACUUGGACGUAAGCCUUUUAUGUGCCUUGUUGCACAGAUGUUACCUGUGGCUCAUAUAUGUUCCAGAGAAAGAGUUGCUCUUUUGGCUACCGUGUAGAGGCAUAGCAUGCUAAGCACUCAACCAAGUGGCAAGGAAUGUGUGCCGACACAUGGUCGGUGUGCCAUAAACAGCCAAUAAGUGAAUCAUGAAUGUCAGCUAGAAUGGGCCCUUUUCCUUGUUUCUCAAUUGCGCUUCUCUGCAUGGUACAUUUGCUCAAAUAGUGAUGGCACCAGUUAGGGUUCAAAUGAAGGCAACAUGGUAGCCGCACAUGCUUGGCCCUUGUGCCUGGUUCUGUCACGUGAACAAUGCCUGCAUUUUCCAUGUCAUAAGACCACCAAACUGUGCUCGUACACACUGUUUGCAAAAAUGACUGUGCAGUCAUUAGUUUACCAAACUGCCUUAAUUGUGAGGAAGUUAGCUUUGCAAUUAUAAAAUGGCUCCAUUACACCGCCGCCAAAAGAAGAUCCUUUAUCAGGUUGUACACUGAAAGCAUAUUGUGGAGUGCCCUCGGCAGAGAGCUAAGAGAUCACUGCCACUGACGAAGUGCUUGUAAGAUUUCAGUUUUUUCCACUCAUUUUGUAUCACAUUUUCCAAAUGUAAGUUUGUACGUUGUGAGUAAAUUAUGGAAGUUUUUACAUACGUACAAAAUUAAUGCUAAAUGAGAAAUAUAUUAAUUUAAGGUGAAGUUCAGUCUUUCCUUUACUGCAGCUUUGUCAGAAAAAAAAGCAAAUGAUUAAAAAAAAUUUCCCACUGUAAAAUUGCAUUGCAAAAUGCUUGAACAGCUGUGAUAACAAAGCAUUCCUUUUUUUUUAUUCACCAUUGAAAAAAAACAUGUGACACUGCCUUUCUUGGAAUUAAAUACCCAAUUGCAAAAGGCAAAGCCGAUAUAUAUCUAAUCAGCUAAAUCAAGUUAUAGGCUUUCUGUUAAUUGAUUUAGCAUGUCCUUGCACAAGCUAAUAGGAUGUAAAAUUUUUUUAGGGUGCUUGCAUAUUGUGACAGAGUGCCACAUUGGCAUCCAGGCAGAGGAACAGUGUCUGGGCAAGUAAUAAAAUAAUUUGGUCAGUGUAGCAUUUCUGAAUCAUUUGCCCUUUUUUUUCUGAAAUGCUGCAGUGGUACAGCUAAAUGAUGUACUAGUAUUGUUUACCAGAAAAUCUUCAACAUUGUGCCUAGUAGUUCUCAAACAUGUAUUUUGGGCAACAGUCAUUUUGUAACUGAAGCUGUUCUUCUUUUAUCCAUUAAGGAAUUUAAAGUUUACUUCCCUUUCAAACAGAACCAGUUAUUCCUGCUAGCAGUUAUCUGUUCAGUCUACAUUUUUUUUGUCUGUCGAAACCAGCCAUAUGUAUAGUUUACUGUUUUCUAUGAGCAUGUUUGUCAAACAUGUGCAUACUAUUUCUAGAAACCUUUGAUGUACAUAGGAUAUUGAGUUUUUUUGUGUUCUCGCAUGAUUAAACAAGUCAGACAUCUUGGCAAAUGUGUAGUGAUAAGAGCAUUAAAAUUCUGCUGUAAGUGUUGUUUAUAAACAUUUUAUAUAGAAUGCAAAAACUCUGAAGCUGUAUGUUCCUAUCCAAACAGUUUAGCUGUGUGCACUGUUGCUGCUAACCAAAAGGGUGAGCAAUUUCCAUGCGCACACUUGCAAACUUUUUUACUUUGAGAAGCACAGUAGAAACACUAUGCUUGUAAAAUUUUGCUUUUGAAAGCUGAUUUUAUGUCAUCUAGCGUGAGUCAAUCCCGUAUGACCUUGACCUGCAGUUACUGUAUAGUCAAUGUUGAGUUUGAGCAACUUAAUACGAAGACAUUCGAAAAGGCAGUCUUUCACGCGACAGCUUCUUCUAUGUGAUGCUAUCGUAAGAACAUUAAGCACCAAUUUUAACAUGCGAGCCUUGCUAUGCAGUGUCUAUGAACUUGGUCAUUAUUCUAACUCACUGUGGAAGAGCAUGUUAAUGAAAAACAUAUUAAAUGCAAGCUAACUUGCUACACACACUGAAAGUUUGGCUCUGUUUAUGUUAUUGUCCAUCUUUCCCAUUCGAAGGUUUUCUGUAAAACUUCAUAAUGAGGAAGAAUGCACAUGAGGCAGGCAAACUCAAUAUUCAUUAAGUGCAGUGUGUCUUGCAGAGACCGUGUUUGUAUGCUGUUUCAGUAGUUCCGUGCAGCACUGUGGAGGUUAAAGGCUUCUUCGACCAAUCAAGGGGGUGAACACAUCCCUGAGGUGCCCUCUCUUGCCCUGGUGGCUGCUAGCACUGCAGUACAAGUUGUGGCAGCAUCUACUAAAAAUGCAACUGCACACUGGGAUCAGCUGCCAUGAUGGCAGUGGUAGAACAUUCGUUCCAUAUUUGCUCUGAUAACAGAAAGGCGAGUGUCCUCAAGAUAUUUCAAUAUACAUAGGAGGAGGGUUGCAGAGAUGGCAGAAGUGGAAGGUUCAUAAAGAGCACUCGGCCAGCGUGUCGCACGGGAUGGUGGCAGCAUCUCUUGAUCCGUCUUGUAACAUCCACUUGUACAUGGUGAGCUUGCUCACAUUCUUAAGUACAGCUGUCUUAUUAAUUACAAUUCGUUUACGUUUACUGCAUGCCUUCCACACCGUUCCAAGCAUGUUGAACUCCAACUUAUUCGUUCCUUUCGCAUAAAAAGGCAGCUUGGAAUGAUACCACACAGUCUGCGGACACCAUUUUCGUGAAGGACGAAGCACUACCCAGGAGGAAGUCCUCCGCGGUGUUGUUGCUCUGCCGCCUACAUGUUUGAAUUUAGCCACUGUCGAUUAAAUUAAUCGUUUGUACUUCUUAAAUGCAAAUUAAUGUCUUUACGGCAGCACUGCAUUUAUUUUGUUUCUCCGCAUGUUUUCAUUCGUACAUGUGGAGAACUCUAUUUUUAUUAUCAUAAAGCAUCAAUAAACAUUUUAUUAAAGAAUAAAGCAGUAUUGCACAAACCGCCCUGUGACCGGCAGAGAAGCUUCCAAGUAGACAUGUUGAGCAUACCACCUGUCGAGGCCAUUUAAACCUCCAUGGGUCCCGAACUAUGUCACUACAUCUUGUUGUGCAAGUAUCUGCGCUUGAGGUUUAUGUAGCCUUGGUUCUGCUGUACAGAACUACUGAAACAGCAUAGGCUGCAAAUUUUUGGAGAAUGUCAGGCAGAGAGAGAAAGAAACCACUGAAGCUUUCAAUGUGCUACUGGUUCCUUCAUUAAACGGCACAAAAAUUAGAGGCACCAUAGCAAACAGGUUAGCCCUGCACAUUUAUGAAUGAAAGCUAAAACUGAAUUAUGUUAUGUAGAAGCCUGUCGGAUGGAAUAGUAGGUCAAUCUGAGAACUAUUAUCAGUCCAACAACAUUUUAUCAACUUUUCUGCAUUCGCUGGUUAAGCCAAAUGGCAUGUGUUAAGCAGCUGUACAAACACAAGCUCCUUGAUAGUCGAUUCUCCACUACCAGGCAUUUUUCAUGAAUGUCAGUACAGUUUGCAAUAUUGUAUUUCGUGUCUGUCAGAAAAUGUAUGGAAUCAUCCAUUCUCGCAAUACUGUGUUUUGAUUGGCUGUGGCUGAACUUCGAAGAGUUGCAGUAGCUUCCUUAUGUGUCAAUACUGCCUUUUCAUGUGAAUCUUCCUCAUUGCAAGAAUUGUAAAACUUAUCAGUGCGAGUAAUGAUGAGAUGAUUGGUUUAGAGAGAGAGAAAACACAGCUCCCACAAAACAGGAUGUCUAUGUUGUGUAUAUAUAGUCUAGGGAGUCCCAAGAACAAUGCCUAAAUGGUUCCAUGUGUUUUCUUUUGGGUAAAUAUAGGGAUUGGCACUCAUCAUCUGUCUGUAAUUUGCUAAUAACAAAGAUUACUGGCAUUCUUACUUUGGAGGACAGAGUUCCAAAAGUGCGUCGUUUCACUUAUGUUGCAACGAUGUGCUGUUGAGUGAGUCAUUAAGGCCCUGACUUACUUUCUUUUUUUUUUCAUUUUUUGGAUACGUAUUUAACCUCGAGAAUCUCAUCUUUGCAUGCUGUACAUACACAUUAGUGUGGUACCAGAGGUGCCAUAUUUCAUUCAUGCAUGCAUUAAAAUAUGUAUCAAAUCUGAAGUCAUUCACUGUGUAGAGGAGAGUCUACUCAAUGGGUUUUACAGGUGAAGCAAAGCAUACUUGGACAGAAGGCUAGCUAUAACACCAUCAUUUCUGCAUUUGUUUGAACCUCUGUGCAUGAAAAAAAAAAAUUAGUUUUAGCUCCUGUUUUCCCUGGCAGUACAUACGUAUAGAAGGUGGUAUUUGCUUGAUACCACUGAACCUAUCUACAUGAACAGGACCAGUGGGAAAGGAAGACAGGGGGCAAGGGGGCAGUGUCACCCCAGCUCCAUAUCCUGCUGAUUCGGGGCAGUAGCUUGCUCCCUACCAUUUGGUAUCCAAUAGAGCCCACAUAUGCUUGUGAAAAGGCUGAUAAAAGGCCUUUGGGAAUUUAGGGUCACUGAACAGUUGGUACAGACUUCUCUUUGUUUUGUGUUUGAUACAGUUUUACCAAAUGGGUGUUUGGAAAGUUUGACAGCUUUCCAGCCAGAUGUGGCAGUGAAACAGAGAGAGGAAAGGAAAGGCGGGGAGGUUAGCUAGACUUUGUUCAAUGUGCUACUCUACAUGUGGAAAGGGGGAUAGAGGAGUGAGAGAGGAGUUGUGCGGUGAUGUUGAGCCUAAUGAGAAGGUACCAAGGGGGAAAGGGUUUGUGGAAAGACUUGGCAUCCUCUGAUGUGCACCUCUGGCACACUCAUUUUGCUGUGUGCGUCCAUUUUGAUGCGUCCUUCCAUGUCCUUUGGUGCUGUUUAGGUAAAUGUUUUCAAGCAGCAAACCCAAGUUUUAGCAGCAGUAAACCUUUUCUGUGUGUCGUGAAACUGCUCUUUGAGAACCCAAGGCUGCUCUCCUCAUACACUGUUGAUAAACUGGUCAGUGAUCAACUGCUUGUAUUUUCUCACAAAAAGCUAUGCAAUGCAUAUAUUUUUGUACUGUUUGAACUGAUGUCCAAAGCAACUGCAGUGCGGUUCUGACAUAAGUCUGUGACAUUUUGUUCCACUACGAAUAAAAGAUUUUUUUCUUCCUC